AUGCUCUGCUGUUGCAUUAACACUCCCGGUCUUUUUGACUACAGUCGUCUCGAAGGAACGGAAGAAAGCAGUGCUAAUGUAUUUAUUCCCGCCUACAUUGGUCGUGUAUUGGCUAACAUAGCCCUGGGUGGAGGCAUGCAUGCGCUUAUACAAUCCGUAGCUAUUAUGAGCUUUCUAGCUCUAGGAAGUGUCGUUUUUGGCGGACUACGAGGUGGCACAUUCACCUAUGCUACAGCGUUGGUGUCACGGCAAAUAAAACUGGACCUUUUUCGGUCACUUGUUCGUCAAGAAAUCGCCUUCUUCGACACAACAAAAUCUGGUGAGACAGUUUCGCGCAUCUCGUCCGACUGUCAGGUGAUGGCUACGAACAUAUCAACUCAUGUAAAUAUCUUCUUGCGGAAUAUGAUUAUGCUCAUCGGUUCACUGUGCGUCAUGUUUUACACCUCGUGGGAGUUGACGACG